AUGUCUACUGUUAAGUGUCUUAUUGUUGUAGCUGUCAAAAGACAUUGGCCUUUAUUUCAACUUGAUGUUAAUAAGGCAUUUUUGCAUGGUGAUCUAGAUGAGGAUGUUUAUAUGAAGCUGCCUCCUGCCCUUACUGUUUCUUCUUCUUCAUCUGCUUCUUCUUCCUCUUUGGUUUGUAAGCUCAAUAAAUCACUCUAUGGGUUAAGACAAGCUUCUAGGCAAUGGUAUGCCAAGCUGUCUCAAGCUCUCUAUUCCAAAGGUUACUUUCAUUCCAUGAAUGAUUAUUCAUUAUUCAUGAAAGGCAGUCCUGGUAAUCUAGUGGUGUUAGCAGUCUAUGUGGAUGAGAUAAUCCUCACAAGUGAUGCGUUGGAUGAGAUACAUACUUUAAAGCAAUUCUUAGAUAGUGAGUCCAAAAUAAAAGAUUUAGGGUCUCUCCACUAUUUCCUGGGUAUUGAAGUCACUUCUCAUUCUUCUGGUGUUCUAUUGAAUCAAAAGAAGUUUGUUCAUGAUUUGUUGAAAGAAUACAACUGUUUAGAUGUUGCUCCUGUUAUCUCUCCAUUAGAGCUGAAUCACAAACUACAUGUCAAUGUUGGAGACUUGCUGCCUCAACCUGAUAAGUUCAGAAGCCUUGUUGGGAAAUUGUUAUUUUUAACCCAUACUAGGCCAGACAUCUGCUUUGGAGUACAACAUCUCAGUCAGUUUUUAAAGGCUCCCAGAGUUCCUCAUAUGCAUGCUGCUCUUCACAUGUUGAGGUAUCUCAAAGGUACCCUUGAUCUUGGUUUGUUCUACUCUAGUUCCCGUAAUUUCUCUGUCCAGGCUUACUCUGACAAUGAUUGGGCUGCUUGCCCUGACACACGUAGAUCAGUCACUGGUUUUUGCAUAUUUUUGGGGGACAGCCUUAUUGGUUGGAAAUCAAAGAAACAGCUAGUGGUUUCAUUGUCAUCAGCUGAGGCUGAAUAUCGCGCUUUGAGGAAAGUAGUCGUUGAGUUGACUUGGCUGUCCAGGUUGCUUCAUGAUAUAUCUAUGCCUAUUGUUUCUCCUAUUUCUGUAUUUUGUGAUAAUGCAACUGCUAUUCAUAUAGCCAAGAACCUAGUCUUCCAUGAGCGCACUAAGCAUAUCGAGGUGGAUUGUCAUUUCAUUCGCACCAAGUUGUAUGAAGGCUUAAUUUAA